UAUCAGCCAAUAGCGGAAGUAGGACUGCGCCGUAGUAACCAAUCAGAGAUCACUUCCUCAUUGCGGCCUGUUGUGCAUCUCUGUGUGUGUUUGUCCGCCACGGCCUCCCUUGCGUGGCUCUGGCUGGGUGAGUAAAGAGGCGGGGAGGGAAUGGUGUAGCACCCAGGACGCUGUGAUACCACCCGACGGGAAUGUGAAACUUUAGGAACCGAAGCCACCCACAAGACGCCCCAAAAUACUUGGUUUCUCAUGGAAGCAGAUGGAUUUGUGAGGAGGCGUCGGAUGACAGCGGAGACUGCAGGAAAUGAUCCCGGGGUUGCUGGUGCAUCUGCCGGGGCAGAAGUUCGGUGGCUCGGGGUCAGAUUCUGGGGAGUUUCUGAAAGUAUCGUGGGAAGCCUGACACCCAGGAUCGGAGGGGAAACGGAGCUGCAGACUGUUGAUUUCAUCCGCAGUGCACAAGAUGCACAAGCGGAGGACACUGAGCCGGACUAUGAGGGUUUGCCACAGGGAGCCUCCACCAGCACCCACAUGUUGGCUGGAGCCGUGGCCGGGAUCAUGGAGCAUUGCCUCAUGUUCCCCAUCGACUGUGUCAAGACACGCAUGCAGAGCCUCCAGCCUGACCCCGCAGCCCGCUACAGGAAUGUGAUGGAUGCUCUUCGCCGAAUUGUUGCCACUGAGGGAGUCUGGCGGCCGAUGAGAGGGCUGAAUGCGACCGCAGUUGGGGCGGGACCUGCCCAUGCCCUCUAUUUUGCCAGCUAUGAGAAACUCAAAAAGACUCUAAGUGAUGUCAUUCACCCAGGGGCUAACAGUCAUUUGGCUAAUGGAACAGCUGGGUGUGCGGCCACACUGCUUCACGAUGCAAUCAUGAACCCAACUGAAGUUGUGAAGCAGCGCAUGCAGAUGUAUAAUUCGCCCUACCGCGGCGUGAAGGACUGUGUACGCGCCGUGUGGCAGAAAGAGGGCCCUGCUGCGUUCUACCGCAGCUACACCACCCAGCUCACCAUGAACGUGCCCUUCCAGGCGCUCCACUUCAUGACCUAUGAGUAUCUUCAGGAGCUGCUCAACCCCCAAAGACAGUACAACCCCUCAUCCCACAUGUUGUCCGGAGCUUUGGCGGGUGCCAUCGCGGCUGCGGCCACCACACCUCUGGACGUCUGCAAGACCCUGCUCAACACCCAGGAGUCUCUAGCCCUCAGCUCCCAAGGCCAAGGAGCCCACAGACACAUCUCAGGCCUGGCCCACGCCUUCAGGACUGUUUACAGGCUGGGCGGCCUGCAGGGCUUCUUCAAGGGAGUCCAGGCGAGGAUCAUCUACCAGGUGCCCUCCACAGCCAUCAGCUGGUCGGUCUAUGAGUUCUUCAAGUAUGGACUCACCAAGCACCAGCACAACAAGAGGAAAGCGCAGCACAUGGAGGCUGAGAUCUAGAUAUCUCUUUGGUUCACUCUCCUCUUACAUUGUUCUGUCCUCCCUGUGAGGAGAAGAUUAAGUCAAUACGCACAUAGAAUCUGACUAAAAUCCACCUCAGUUGUCCAUUACUUUUCAGACAUAGUAGAUAAGAAAGACCUCUUCAAAGACAAUUUGAGUAGUUAAAUUUCUGCUAAGCUAAUUCAAGACUAGGUGUGGUUUGAGUUAUGUUGUUCAUCUACUCUAGAAGAAACAUUUACAUAGUAUUAAAGAAGUAGUUAAUCAUUCGAGAUUUAAUCUUUCAAGCUAUUCUAUUGACCACUACAUUUGUCCAAGCUGAGGAUAAUGUCAGGAGCGCACAAGUUUUGAGUUGGAAAGGUAGGCAGCAGAGGGCAGUAGUGCUACCCUGUUAACUCCCUUGUAGUUUCAUAAGUUUUGCUGUCCUAGAACCCCCCCCCCCCCCAGGAUCAAGAUCCCUCUCUGGAUUAAUCAAUAAACACUUCUAUCUCACCAAGUCAAGUUCACUAACUAUUUUCUUUUAUGAAAUACAUUAUCGAUUUGAUCCAAUUUAAAAGUGUUUGAGCAAUUUAGAAAAUCAAAGGCAAAUUGUUCCUGGCGGACAACAUUUUGUUGCACACAUUAAUUUCCUGGCAUGGAUCUGUUUCCAGAUACCUCUGUUGUGGUGCAAUGAGACCCUUCCAACAUGGCAACUCAAAGUUGAGAGCAAAAGAUAAGAUCAUCACAAAAUGUAGUCCAGUAGUUUUGAAUUUGAUGAUUUCAAUGAUUAACAAAAGGUACUAUUGACCAGAUUUGGGGUUCCCUUUUUCUUUUUUUCUUUUGGCAGUUAAGGGAAUAAUGAUUAUUUUUUGUCCCACUUUUAAAUGUUGAAGUCUAAGAAUUUUUUUUCCACAUAAUUUCAUUGGGCAUAAAAUGCAAAUAUUCAGUAGCUAUGGGGAUUCUGAUGAGUGUGUUUAAUUUAUUUUUAAUGAUUUUGAUUCCUUAAAUGGUAUUUUAUUUCCAGCAAAUAAAUUGCUUUAAACUUUCCCUUUUAGUUUCCCUCCGUUUAUGCAUUUAAUCCACCUGUGAUCAUCCAAAUACACACCAUUAAUGCCUUGUGUACAUGGUUGGCAGAACUAACCAGGGCAACAUAAAAAUGGCCAUUUCUGUCCAUUAACUAAAGCUAUCAUCUUGUUUUCAGCUUGUGAACUACUGACAUUCAAUAUCUGUGCUUUACAGCAAAGGCUGUGUUCAUUGUACUGUGCCCAAAAGGAGUUCAGUAUACCACAAGAUAUGUAUCUGUACCCCCAUUGAGUACACAUAAAUGGAAGCUGUCAUUCUUAUUGAUUGAUGUCUGAUUGUUUCCGACACUGAAUUGCACUCGUUGAAUAAAGACUGAGAAGUGGGGCUCUACUCACUGCUCAUAAAUGAUGGGA